GGGCGUUCACCAUCUUCCCACUUCGUCUCAACUGUGAAUUCCUUAAAUACCCCUCUCCCUCUUCUCCUUCCGCCAUAACAGUAAUCCCUCAUUUUCAGUGUGAGAGAGAGAGAGAGGAGAGGUUAUCGGCAAUGGAGAAUAACCGUCGCUCCUCUUUCUCGAGCUUCAGGUCUUACAUGGCGGCGCUCUCUGACACGCCGCACCGCCUGGCUCGCAGAGCCCUCUCGGUCUCCACUUACUCCGAGGAAUCCGGCCGCGACGUCCGCGCUCGAUCCGGCGGCGACAUGAAGAGGACUCUCCGGUGGUACGACCUCGUCGGGCUCGGAAUCGGCGGCAUGGUCGGCGCCGGCGUCUUCGUCACUACCGGCCGCGCCAGUCACGUCUACGCCGGCCCUGCCGUCGUCCUGUCCUACGCCAUUGCCGGACUCUGCGCGCUCCUCUCCGCCUUCUGCUACACCGAAUUCGCCGUCGAGAUGCCGGUCGCCGGCGGCGCGUUCAGCUACAUCCGCACCACAUUCGGAGAAUUUCUCGCGUUCAUCACCGGAGCAAACCUAAUCAUCGAUUACGUUCUCUCUAACGCCGCCGUGGCCAGGAGUUUCACCGCUUAUCUAUGCACCGCCAUCGGCCUGUCGUCCGACGCGCGGCUGAGAUUCACAGUCUCGGCGCUCCCCAACGGUUUCAACGAGAUUGAUUUCGUUGCGGUGGCGGUGGUUUUAACCCUCACCGUCGUCAUCUGCUACAGCACGAGAGGAAGUUCGAUGUUGAACAUGGCGUUAACGGCGCUGCACAUCACGUUCAUAGUGUUCGUGAUAGUGAUCGGGUUCACAAAGGGUGACCCGAAGAACAUGACCCGACCCGCGGAUCCGAAGCUGCCGGGCGGGUUUUCGCCGUUCGGGGCGUCGGGGGUGGUCAGCGGCGCCGCCAUGGUGUACCUGAGUUACAUCGGUUACGACGCCGUGUCGACGAUGGCCGAGGAGGUGAGGAAUCCGGUGAAGGACAUACCCAUCGGAGUAUCCGGAUCCGUUGUCCUCGUGACCGUACUUUAUUGCCUCAUGGCCGCUUCUAUGUCCAUGCUCCUCCCAUAUGACAAGAUUGAUCCAGACGCGCCAUUCAACGCGGCGUUCAGCGGCGGCGCGGUUGGAUGGAGGUGGGUGUCCAAUGUUAUCGGAGCGGGGGCGAGCUUCGGGAUACUAACGUCACUGCUAGUGGCGAUGCUGGGUCAGGCCCGGUACAUGUGCGUCAUCGGACGGUCUGGGGUGGUCCCGAGGUGGUUUGCCAAAGUCCACCCCAGCACGUCCACGCCAGUCAACACCACACUCUUCCUUGGCAUAUUCACGGCAGCAAUCGCGCUCUUCACCGACUUGCAAAUCCUCCUGAACCUCGUGUCGAUCGGCACGCUCUUCGUCUUCUACAUGGUCGCGAAUGCCGUGAUCUACAGGCGGUACGUGUCGGCGGCGGGUGCGGGGACCACGAGCCCCCGCCCCACGCUGGCGUACCUGCUGUGCUUCACCCUCACCGCGGUCCUCUUCACCCUGUUGUGGCACUACACCCCUCCGGGGAGGGCGAAGUCCUUCCUCCUAGGGGCGUGCGUCCUCUUCGCCAUCGUCAUCCUCCAGCUCUUCCAGCACAUGGUCCCACAGGCGACCAGACCGGAGUUUUGGGGCGUCCCUCUGAUGCCGUGGAUCCCCUCCGCCUCCAUCUUCCUCAACAUAUUCCUCCUGGGGGCCCUCGAUAGCCCCUCGUACGUUCGGUUCGGAUUCUUUUCGGGCCUCGCCGUGCUUGUGUACGUGAUGUAUAGUGUGCAUGCUAGCUUUGAUGCUGAGGAACAAAAGGGUGUUGGGCAAGAGAAUAAUAGUGUUGAGAUGAAGGAAUAUAAUGAAGCCCAUGGGAAUGUCUCCAAGGUGUAAAUAUGCCUAGUCUAGCUAGUAGUAGUAUUUAAUUGAUGAGAACUAAAAAAAGAAAAAGGGUAGAAAAGGAAUCUCAAAUGGGAUAAGGUUGCACUUGCCAAGUUGUAUAGUCUGGUUCCCAAUCCUAGUAGCAAUUGGACUCUAAGUUCAAGAUCCCCCAUGUAUAUGGAAAUUCUAAUUAAUUUGGAAUCAAAUAUAAUAUAAUGGUUUAUUUUGG